AGCGUCGUUCCUUGCGGGCGGGGCUGAGCUAGCGGCGCGGCGCAGCGCAUCCUGUGCAGGCCCGGAGCCGCCCUUCCUCCUCCGGCCAGUGCCCCGGGCAGCCCCCCGAUGCCGCGGAAGGCGCUGGUCUGCGCCCUGGAGCUGGAGCUCCGCUCGAUAACUUGCCCUGGAGUAUUGCUGAAAGACAAAAGUGAGCUCUAUCUCAGUGCCUGUGUUUUUGGACAGUACAAAAGGACUCAAUGUGUCCCUGCAGCAUUUCCACUCUUCUUAGAAGAGAAACUAGUAUUUGAAAAGGUAUUUACUGAUGUAGUUGAUCCUGGAGAACUUGUUGAGCUACUUGAAUUUGACACAGCAGUACUUGAACUAAUACAACUUGUUCCUCCAGUGGGAGAAAUUCUAGCCACUUAUGAAGAAAAUACAAGAGAUUUCCUGUUCCCUGACCCUAAGCUUACUCGUGGGCACCAUGGUUCAGAUCGUGAAGUUUUAAUGAAGCGGUCUUCUAGUUUUACAGGAAUUGCACCAAAAUUGAGAUUUUCUACCAGCUCCCUUAUUACAGAAAGCCUGUUAAGUUCAGGAAGGAUUCAUGUACAGGAUAAUUUGGAUCGGGUGCAUCAUUCAGCACCAAAUGGAAGAUUACAAACAAGGUCACCAAAGAAAAACACCCCUUCACCUGAGAAAAACAGGCACUGCUUAGCAACAAAGAACUAUGAGCAGCCCACAAUAGCUUCUAAAUCACGAUCUCCAUCUCCAUACACAAAAAGACGAAUGUGUGAGCUAUCAGAAGAAGCCAGACAACGACUGGCCCAUUUAAAUCUGGGGCCUUUUGAAUUCAGAAGAGAAACUGAUAAACCUCCAUUUGUAGUUAGACACAUUGAACAUCCGAGCCCCACUGUUGAUGUUCAUACUUGGCGUCCUACCAGAGACAGUGGACGAGAAGGUUGGUCCAGGGUAUCUUUUGAUCCUUCUCUUCUUGGCAGCUAUAGACCCAAGCAUACUAAAAUUAUCAGGUCUCAUCAUGGGAAAGACUUAGAUGGCUCUUCUGACAGCUGUGAUGAGCACCCGAUCUCGGGUACUGCUACUAGGCAAUUUCGUUCUACUAGUUCAUUAAUACGUUCAGCACCCUCCUCAUUGCAGAAACAUUCCACAAGUCCUGUACUAAACCGUUCUUCUCUUAGAGAAAGAUUUAACUUUGGUUGGUCUACACCAGCAAAUGGAGAAGAGAUCCAUAAACGAGUGAAAAACAUUUUAAGGACACACAGUGCUAGGCAAAGGCUAACAUUUGAUGAGAGUAACUCAUCGAAAGGAGACUCAAGUAAGACAAGAGACAUUUCGUGUAAAGACUCAUUAUGUGGCAGUGAACUACAGAGCAGCUCAUCAGCUCAGCAGAACACCACCGUUCACUUGGAUAAUGGUGAAUAUUGGUCCAACCGUGCGGCUGUGUAUAAAGGAAAACCCCACAGAGCUAUCUUUGAAGACAGCCUGGAGAAAAUAUACAGAAACAUGUACAAAAAAGCUUGUGGCACCAUUUCAAAAAGAAAAAUACACUCCUGAUAGCAAUACAACCAGAAGUGUACAGUGCGCAAGGUUACUAUUUUUAAUGAGAAUUAUUUUUGUGUAAUAAAUAUUUGUACUCUAUUUUUUAACAGGGAAUGUUCACUGGGAAGAACUCUUACGGGCUAGUGGGGCGUUGAGGCUGGGACCCCAAAAGCAAAAUGUUAAAAGAAAAAGAAAAUCCAAAACAAUUAAAGUUAAGCAGGCACGUUGUUCCCUUAAGAAGCUAGGAUGGUGCUAUUUCUUCACCCACCCCUUUUUCAUCCUUUUCAGUUCUGAAGCAGGCGCUGAGUAAAGUGGAUGUUCCUAUCCAUCAUCAAUGCAGGCUUUGAUUGCAGCCAGUUCUGUUUUAGUUAUUAGCAAUUUAAAUAUAAGUGGUUGAAAGUGAAACCUGCCCCAGUGCUUAAAGAGCUAGUGAGAUGAUCAUAGUACGAUACUGUCUGUUUGGGAUUUUUUUAGAAGGAUAAUGUCUGCUCAUUCCAGGUGUAGAAAUGGAGAAGGGAAAAAUUCUGAUAGUGACCCUGUAGCUGUGUUGAAAGUGUUUCUCAGCAGUCUCAGCCAUGAAAUUUCUAUUAAUGUCAAGCUCUUUUGAAAAUAUCUAUAUAUUGUAAGAAAACAUCUCUUCUUCUUCAUGCAUCCCAACGUAACGAUCUCUAAAAGUUUCCAGGAUCACUUUCGGAGCUCGUCAGCUAAAGCCAGAUGCCCCAUACAAGCGUUAUGAAGUCCCUGCAUCACAAUCCCACCACAUUUGGAGCCCAUCCUUACUAGCCUGCUGGGGAUGUAUUGGCAGAAAUUGCAUUUUUCGUUAAAGGCCACCAAAUGUUCGGCAGUAGUUGGAUGCUUUCCCAGGAGAGGGAACCUUUUCAGCCUCACAUUGAACAGCUCCCACAUUAACAGACCAGGGCAAGCUGCCCAUCUGAGUGAUUUAAAAGGGCAAGCAUGUCCAUCUCCCACUUGUUUCUCCCAUUUCAAAAGGAAAUGUGUAUCCUGGCGCAUUCGCUACAGAAGCAGGCAGCUGGGACAGAUUCAGUUACACUAGUGCCAUCUUACAUCUUGCUUUUGGACAAAGGAUAAAACUAGUUGUACAGAUGGCAGAAAUCUAGGACUGUAACCUGCCAACAUACGGGGAUAGACUAAAUAUUGGCCUACUGCAAUCCGUGCUUUAAUACUAAAAUAACCUAAUUGAUUUAAGGAAGCUGCCAGUGAAUGAGUAAGUCAGGUAGAGAACAUAUUGAAAAGCUGUGCAACGCAGCUUCGGGAAAGGGGGCUUUUGAAGGAAAUGUACUGAAUACAGGCAUUUCUGCUCCUGGUAACAGCUAAACCAAUCGCUGGAUUAACAGCUCCGUGUUCCUGGUCUUGAUCAUGCUUGGCCCUUGCAGUGCUUUAGAUUUUCAGAGUGCAAAAUAAAGAUUAACCAGUUAUUUAAUCCUCACAACUUCCUAUAAUGUAGAGAAGCAUUAUUAAGUCGCUUUUUAGAGAUGGUCAUGUACAGCACAGACUUAUCCAAAGCUUGGUACUCACCAGCACAGCAGGGUUUAGAAUGUACAAGUUUCUGGAUCCUAGCCCUGUGCUCAACCAUUAAACUGGGCUGCUUUUCUGUGGCUCUGGUCCCUAUUGGUCUGUUCUACAAUAGUUUAAUAGAUAAAAUUGAUCAAUGAAAAGAUGGCAGGAAGAAACCGGGAAGGCCACUUAUCAUGAAAAGCCAAGGCAGAAUUUGAUUGGCUCUCUGCCAGCAUGUGACCUAGAGUUACCCAACCAAAAUCUACAUUGCAAGUGCAGGUUGAAAUGAUUUUCUGAUGUGAAUGAGCACUCAGCCAUGAGCCCUGUCUUCCUGCCCAUGUUCAGUACUCCCUCCUGGCCUGACCCCAGUGUCAUAGCUGAGUGAAAACUGUAAGCGUACACUUUACUACUGUUCAGGUAACCAGAGCAAAGCUGGGGUUUGCCCUAGGCAUGCUAGACCUGCAGGACAUGAAGCGUGUGCUGUGUAUGCACACACUGUGUGGGCCUCACCUUGACUGCUUCCUGUUGUCUAAAAAUUUUUAGCAGCUGCAAGCAUCCUUCACAGUCUCAGCAGGACAGGGGUAAUUGUGGUGUAGGGACUAAGAAUAUUUUGGAUAUCACCUGCUAUCCUUUGUUUUGCACCUUGGCCCAUUCUCUCUCCAUUGAUAUAGGAGUGCUACUCACCACUACCCAUCUCUGGUGGGUCAGCCAAUUAGUUACUAAUUUGAGCCCAAUUAAACACAUGGGAGGUGCUGAACAUACAGAGGUGCCAUGUCCUUGUGUGUGAGACUGGAGAUCCCAGCCCCACAUGUGCAGCCAGAGAAUUGAGGAAUGGGGGAAGACGGGAGAGAGACCCACCAUGAGAAGCCAGGAUAAUGAGUUGGAGGAUAGAAAGAAAGUGUGGGCUAAAGGGGCAGGCGUUUGGUGAGAAAGACGAGGCUGUAAUUUAAGUUCCAUUUUAGCUUGAUUGACAGGUGGCAAUCCUGGUUCUUUAAAUUUUGGGGGAACCUACAGGUUUGCUUAGUCUGGGCUUCCUUUAGGAAGAACGGGAAAGGAAAAGCGUUCAUAUUUGAAUUUUGCUGGAUAGGAAUAUUCUCCAUAUGAAGUUUUGCUAUAUAACGUAACUUGUGUUAUAAAUUGAAUGACCACCCUUUGGCCCCGCUCCUAUCGUGUGUAGAUGUUUUGCCUCUUAGAAUCAGCUAGUAUCAUCAGUAUCAGCUAACCACCUCUCUGAUAGCAGGAUUAUGCUUGUAAUAUGUACACCAUGACAUAGCUAAGGGUUUUCUUCCAAACCCUGUAUUGGAAUCCAUUUCUGUUGCUAGGGGGAAACUUGUAUGCAAAAUGUGACUUAAGAGUCAAGUUACACAGCUCUGUCCAUUUGAUAUCUGCAAGCCACUUUUAAAACAAGUGUUUGGCCCCCUCUCCUGUUCGUGUGCUUGGCUAACCCUCUAUUAAUAUGCAUGUAGCUCAAGUGCAGAGAAGACUGAUUCUCCUCUGCUACUGCAGUGUGCGAUAAGUAUAGUCUCAGGCAGUGAACCAACAUAGUAAUAAACUCUGAUUGUUUAGUGGACCUUGCCUUCUAAUACAAUUUAAAUCCCUUCUAUCAAAUGCAAAUUUCUAGUUUCCUGAGCAGAGCUUUAAAUAGCAUUUUCUUGCUCAGUCCUUAUCUUUUGCCAUCCACAAAGUGGUGUGUUAGUGACAGUAGGAUGGCAUAAUUCCACCACCACCAUUUUACCUCCUAAAGGAAAACUGCCUACUCAAAUCUAGAAAUAAUGGGAUAGAUUAAGAGAGAAUUAGACUUUAUUGCAUCAGUCUUUUUAUUUCUUUUUCUCCUCCCCUGGACUGUCAUAGCCCAGGAGUAUUCUAACCAGACUUUAUUUGCCUUUUUGGUAUUGUGUGUGACACAAAAUGUAAUCAGCGUAAUAUUUUAAUCACUUUUCUUUUAGUAAGUCAAACUGAGGCUACUUUUGUCUCAACUCCCACUGGGGCAGAAACUUAGUUUGUGCAAAUACAAACAGUGAGUCGCAAUCACGAGUCAGGCUCUUUGCUAAAUAGCAGUCACUUUAAAAAUCCCUCAGCAUUGCCCUGUAGUUAUUAAGAGGUGGAAGUGUCGAGCUCUUUAAGGAUCAGCAUUAUCUAGCUUCCCAGCUAGAAGGAUAGAAGCCUCAGCUUGGUCCCUUGAGAAUGUCAGAUGGAGCGGACGAUGUGGAACGCCUCAGGUAAUGAAGACACUGAGAAUUUUUAGGCUCAAAACUUGAACUUCUUUAAACUCAUUUGAUGAGGAAAGUGCUCCAGGUUCUCUGUACUGUAUGUGUUUGGGGUUUUUAUAGACUAGCUCUCCAAGAUUUCUUCACCCGAAGUUUUCAGUGAGUCACCAGAAAACUAAGACAUCUGUUAAAAGAAGCUAGUCAUCUUUGAGGUGUGUCCUUGUGGAUGCCUCACUUCAGGUGCACAUGCACCUGUGCCUCUGAUUGGAGAAAUUUGGUAGCAGUGCCCAUUCGGACUUUACCUGCACCCUACACAUCCACAUGCCCCAUUCUGAGGCUAUAUAGGGCUGUGUGAGUGCAGCACCUUCGGUCCUUUCUCACCCACCUUCCCUUCACAAGCUCCUGGCCAUAUUGCAGACUUCUACUUCAGCAAAGGUGGCACUGCCAAUUAAUGAUGCUCUCCUUGAGCCAGCCCAGACCAUCUGGAAAACUCCAGCAGUGGCACCUCCUACGUGCGAGGAUGCCAAUAAAAAAUUCUACGUCCCCAGCCAGGGAUUCUGAGUUUUUGUUUUCACAUCCGGCAUCAAAUUCUCUAGUCAUGGACACAGUUAAUGAAAGGGGGAGUCAGCAUAUUUCUAAAGCUACCCCGUAUAACAAGGGCCGAAGUGGCUGGAGUUUUUUGGUCAGAAAAGCUACUCUUUGGCAACAUUACAGUUUGGGAUUGUGAAUCACCAAGCACCGAUGUUGAAAUGUAACUACCUGAAUUAUGAGACGCUUAAUGCUUUCAUUGACCAUUUACUGAGAUCCAUAUAGCGCCAUAAUAAAGGAGGGUCAGCUCGUGGCAAAGACAUCUUUGCAGGCUUUACUUGAUGUGGGCAACACUGCAUCCAGGUCUGUUUCCACUGCAGUAGUGAUGUGCGGACUACACAGACAGCUCACUUCAUUCCCUAAAUGAUUCUAGGUCUACACUUAAGUUCCUGGAGAUGUACAUUCCUGCAAAUAAAAAGAAAUUCAACAGGACUCAAUCCGUGCACAGAUCCCAUCCUGCUUAAUGUUCCACCCUCCGUAGACCAUCUGAACUGCCGGCUAGGAGGUCAAGAUUUUCUAAAAAGGAACCAGUGACUAACUUGAAUACUUCAUCCAAGCCGAUCAGCAUUUCCCAAACUUCACUUUUGUGGGUUUGGUCGGGAGUUUGAACCACCUGAUAGGGUUUCUUGGCUACACUAUUCCACCCUUUUCCCUUAACUUGGACACUGUCUCUCGCUAUACCAACAGGUUACUGUCUCCCAUGCAUCAGACAAAUGGGUAUCAGUCGCUGUUACUUCUGGUUAUAUAUGAUCCAACUUAUCUCCAUCCUGCCCUUCCACCUGCCUUUUCCUUUUCUCUUCAAGGACCUUCUCACGAUCAAUUGCUGACACGAGAUCACAUCACUGUGAAAUCAGAGGGCUAUAAAACCAGUUCCACUUCAGCCCAAAGGACAAGGGCUUUGUCAAAGGUAUAUUCCGUUACCCAAGGAAAAUGGGUUGGAGGCCAAAAGUAGAUCUCAAACAGUUGAUUAAAUACGUCAAGACAUCUGAAAUUCAGAAUGAUGUUCCUAGCAGCUAUAAUUUCCUCCCCCAACACCAGGGACUGGUUUGCAACUCUUGACCUCAAAGAUGCUUACUUACGUCUUGCAAUUUAUUCCCCUCUCAAAAGAUUUCUUCAUUUCAUAGUCAUUCACUACCAAUUCCUACCCUUCAGCCAUUCUUCCGCCCCAAUGAUUUUCUCAAAAAUAAUGGUAGUUGUAGCCGCCUACCUCCAUCAUCUAGGAAUGUCUGUCUGUACCUCGGCGACUGGCUCCUCGAAGGGCGGUCUUAUCAGGAGGUGUUGUCAGCAGUUCAAACAACAAUUUCACUUUUCCACAAUGUAGGCCUACAAAUAAAUAUUGAGAAAUGGCCUUGACCCCUAUACAGCGUAUAUUUUUUUAUAGCAGUGUUUUUGGGGUCAAUGAUGAGCAAGUCUCCCGACGGGUUCCUCACUCUAUCCAAAGAAUGCAGUUCAGGCCUCAAAUACCAGCUAGAACAUGGUUGCAGCUUCUGGGUCAUCUGGUAGCUUGCGUUUUUGUAACAUAGACCACUAGGUUACAUCUUCAGUGUGUCAGGAGUGACUCAGAACAGCAUAUAUAUUCAACAAAGAGUCUGAAAAGAUACUCAGCCAUUCACCUGGUGGAAGGAUCCUUGCAAGGUUUGUGCAAGAAUCCUGUUCAUCCAGCAUCCUCCUAUGGUCAUGAUAACAUCGGACUCUUCUCUCUUGGGCUGGAGAGCACAUUUGAGUCCUCAUGUGUCCCAAGGCAAACGGUCACAACAAGAACAGUGCUUGCACAUCAGUCUACUAGAAUUGAGGGCGGUCAGAAAUGUUUGCCGCCACUUUCUUCCCCUAAUCAAAAACAAGUCAAUCAAGAUCAUGAUGGACAACAUCUCUUGUAUGUAUUAUAUUAUUUGUCAUCGGGGAGCGUGUUCCCUCUCGCUCUGCACCGAAGCGAUAAAGAUUUGGAAUUGGUAAAUAGUCAACCAGCUAUUUCAGCUUCUUACUUCCCAGGUAUACAAAACACCGUGGCAAAUGUCAGCAGACAUUUUACCCUAAAUUGUGAAUGGGAAUUGGACUUGAGUCUCUACAAAAUAUUCCUAACUUGAGGGUUUCAAGAGGUUGACUUUUGCACCACUGCAGCCAACACGGAGUGCAAAAAAAUCUGCUCCAGAGGAGGACUCAAGCCUUUAUCUCUAGCAACCACCUUUCUCAUUACAUGAACAAAGGGUCUUAUUGAUGCUUAUCCACUGAUUCCACUGCUUUUAAAGGUUUUCAGCAUGAUCAAGCAGGACCAAGCCAGGGACAUUUUGAUUGCACCAACUUGGCCAAGGCAGGUUUGGCUUCCUUACCUCAUCGAACUCACCUCUUGCCCUCAAUUCUCAACUAUUGUCUCAAAAUGCAGGUCAAACACUUCACCCCAAUCUGAAUGUUCUGCAACUCCAGGCAUGGUUCCUCAGUGAUUCUUGGGGUUAGAGGUGUCCUGUUCAUCAGGAGUACAACCUGUACUAUU